AAGGGGCGGGGCCGGCGAGCUCAGCCCCGCCUCCUCUCCCCGGGACUCUUCUGCUGCAGCCGGAGCCGCUGCUCAGCUGAGCGGUGCAGUGCGGCGAACUGAGCCCGGCUGUGCUGGGAGGCGGAGCCGCUGGGGCCUGGUGACUUUGCUCGACGAAAUUGUCUGAACUUCUUGCACCUUGAUCCUAGUGGACAAUCUGUUCAGCCAUGUCGUACAGUGCAGGCAUUGUGGGGGACCCUACCAAGCUAGCUCAAUAUAUAACUUCUAAUAUCCAGAAGAUCACCCAGUGUGCUGCAGAAAUACAGAGAAUACUGCAUCAGCUUGGAACACCACAAGACACACCUGAAUUGAGGCAACAGCUGCAGCAGAAGCAGCAACAUGCAAACCAACUUGCCAAAGAAACUGACAAGUACAUUAAAGAGUUUGGAUCUCUGCCUGCGACAAGUGAACAGCGUCAAAGAAAAAUACAGAAAGACCGUCUUGUGGGGGAGUUCAGUGCAGCACUGGCCAACUUCCAGAGGAUCCAAAGGCAAGCUGCUGAGAGAGAAAAAGAUAUUGUAGCCAGAGUAAGAGCCAGCUCUAGGGUGUCUGGUGGUCCUUCAGAAGACAGUUACAGAGAAGGAGCACUUGUCCCUUUGGACAGUCAACCUCAAGCACAGGUGCAAGAUGAAGACAUUACAGAAGAUGAUCUCCGUCUUAUUGAGGAGAGAGAGUCCUCCAUCAGGCAACUUGAGGCAGAUAUUCUGGACAUCAAUGAAAUAUUUAAAGAUUUAGGAAUGAUGAUUCAUGAACAAGGUGAUGUGAUAGACAGCAUAGAAGCCAAUGUAGAAAGUGCAGAGGUACAUGUCCAGCAAGGAAACCAGCAGCUUUCAAGAGCAGCAGACUACCAGCGCAAGUCCCGAAAGAAAAUAUGCAUCAUCAUUCUUGUACUUGCCAUUGGAGCAGUGGUUCUUGCACUUAUCAUAUGGGCAUCUACAAGAUAGGACUGUGGAGAUAAAUAUUAUUUAAAUUAUGUGAGAAUACACCUACAAUCAUUUUUGGCUACUUCUGAAGCUGUUCAGUAAAUGAUGGUUCAAUACUUUAUAACUGUUGCUUUUUAAAAAUCUGAUAAAUGACUGUUGGUACCACUAGUUGGUAUAAAUUCCUUCCAUUCUUGGAUUUGAGAAGCUGUACUGUCAAGACAACAGUCCAUCGGCUUUAUAAAUGUACUUUUCAAUGGUAAGCUUACUGAACACCUCUAAAUAUUUUGGGCUAAUCAAAAAUUCUGAUAAAGCGGGGCAUAAUCUGCUUUGAUAUUUCUAAGUUUUGCCAAAUAAAAACAGACUUUUCUGUACUCAUUCUAAUUGGGACACCACACUUAUUGUCAAAUUAUUUUUAAACUGGUGAUUAGGCAUUAAGUGUCUAAGAAAUAUCUUUCGUAGAUUUCAUUUGUCUUGAUCUGGCAGUAGGGACCAAUGUGCCAGGAAAAGCCUAUUAUAAAGGUAAAAUGGAUGGCAGUAAUUUAUUAAUAUAGGCCUUUUGAUUUGUCUCUUAAAUGUAGAAAUGAGACUUAAGGCAUAUUUUUAGUUAGUGUUUAUGCACCUAAAUUAUGCACACAUCUGGUAUUCUCAUGCUUAAAAUAAGUGUUUGUUUAAUCAAUGAUUAUGCACAAUUGCACAUGUCUUACUGAAAAUCUGGGUAUAAUUCUAAUUGUGGACUUCUUAAGUAUGGUAUUGGGAAUACUGAAAAUUUGUAGUUUCCCAAUUGCAUUUGAAUUCCAAUGGCCAGAACCUGACAUUAUGGUACAAAUACUUUGAACAGUACAGACUUCAGUUUUGUUUUUUAAAGUUUCUUACGCAGUCAGCGAGAGAGGAAGGCUAAUAGAUUACUUCUAAAUGCCAAUUAUGGACACUGAAUUUGAGAUCCUGCUCAUUUGAACUGACGCAACUUGCUCAGAAGUUUGACCAUACUUACAACUUUCUUAACUUUCUAACUUGAUUUUUUUCUUUUUUGUGCCAUUUUGUAUUAAUCCAUAAUUAGAAAGGUAAUGUUUUUGCAAACUAAUCAAUUUGACUUUUUAAUUGAUGUUAGUGCACUAAUCAGGAAUAUUGUGCAGAAGAAAAUGUCACUUAAUCUGUAUUUUAUAAAGUUCUUGUACAGCAGUUUGGUAGAGAAUGAACUGUUUACAUGGCAAAUUGAGAUUUGCUAAUUGAACUAUGAGUAUCUAUGGACUUAAAAUUGUAAUCAUUCAGUCAAAAUAAAGCUGUUUUUAAAAAU